AAUAGUUUAAUAAUAAGUAAUAAAAAUUAAUAAUAGAUUACAGGAUGGAUUCAAGGAUGGAAAUCACAUUACCAUAUCAAUAGACACAUUUGACAAAAAUCCAACAUCCCUCCAUGACAAAGGCCCUGAAGAUAUUAGGAGUAGAGCAAUAUAUCUCAACAUAGCCAAUGAUACAUACGACAAGCCUACGGUUGAUGUCACAGUAAAUGAGGAAAACUGAAAGCAUUUCUACAAAGAUGAGAAACAAGAGGCAAAGGUGUCCACAUUUUCCACUCUUGCUGAUAAAAUGUUGAAAGUCUUAGCUACAGUAAGAUGAUGAGAGAGAGAGAGAGAGAGAGAGAGAGAGAGAGAGAGAGAGAGAGAGAAAUGUGCUAUAAAUAGGAAAGGAAGAAGUCAAUGGAUUCUAUUUAUGGGAGGAUUCCAUGUGUGAAAGUUCCAAAAGACUCUACCAAAAAAUUCUCAGAGUUGCUGAGCACUCUCAGUGAAGUGUCCUGAUAUAAAAUUAUCAUAAAAACCCAGUAGUCUUCUUAUAUGCUAGGAAUAGAUAUGAUACAAGGGACCAGGAAAACAAUCCCAUUCACAAUUACCCAGAAUUACCUAGAACAUAUACCUUGAAACAAACCUAAAUAAAUGAAAGGCUUCUACCUUGUUAAACCUCAAGAAAGCACUUGAAAAGGACACCAGAAAACUGAAAGACCCCAGGAGCUCAAGGAUUGGAAGAAUUAAUUUUGUAAAAAUGUCUUUUAACAGAAACAGUUUACAGAUUCAGUGUAAGCUACACUAAAAUGACAAUGUUAUUCUUCAAAAACUAGGAACAAAACACACACGCACACACACACAGACACACAGACACACAGACACUUGUUUUAUAUGGAGGCACAAAGACCCCAGAUAAGCAAAGUGACCAGAAAGAAUAAUACUGAUGACAUCACCAUAUCCGACUUAAGUUAUCCUACAGAGCCGUAUGAACAACAACAGACACAUGGACCAACGAAAUAACACAGGAGAGCCAGAUAUCAAACCACACAGCUAUAAUCCCCUGACUUCAGACAAAGGUGUGGAAAAUACACACUGGAGAAAAGACGGAAGGCAGCCUCUUCAACAGAUGGUGCGGGGGAAACUGGGUAUCCUCAUAGAGACAGAUGAAGCUCGAGUCCACCUCUUGCCUGACGUAUAACCAACGAGGAAGACCCGAGACGUAUGAGAAGCUGUAAACUCUUAAAGUGUGGCUGGGAAAAGAAGAGAAGACGCUUUGAGAUAACUGACAUUGAAUAGGGUUCUAAUUCAAGAAUUAAGAGUAACGAUCAACAAGUGGAAACCCACAAAAUCAAAAGCAUUUGUACAGAAAAGGGAACAGUUCAUUGGGGGAAGGGGCAAUCUUCAGAUUAAGAGAAAAAUCACUGCUAACCAUUUGACAGAGAAUUAAUAGCUACCACAGACAAAGAACUAAAACGACAACCACUAAAUAACAAGAUAAAAUACGCCCGACCCUAUCACUUAAUGGCGGACCAAUGAACAGACACACCCUCAAAAGAUGAAUACUGCCUCUUGGGAAUGCCAUUUCUCACAGUGUUUCCGCCCACCUCUCUUCUGUCUGUUGUUGAUUGGAUUUGUCUUAGUCCUUAGUGUUUUUCUUUUUCUCCUACAGAGAGAUCGUAAGAUGGGCUGUGUCCUCAUGGGGCCCUCGUGCACGUAUUCCACCUUCCAGAUGUACCUUGACACAGAGUUGAACUAUCCCAUGAUUUCCGCUGGAAGUUUUGGAUUGUCCUGUGACUAUAAGGAAACCCUAACCAGGAUCCUGCCUCCAGCCAGGAAGCUGAUGUACUUCUUGGUCGAUUUCUGGAAAGUCAACAAUGCACCUUUCAAAACCUUUUCCUGGAACUCUUCAUAUGUUUACAAGAACGGAUCGGAGCCUGAAGAUUGUUUCUGGUACCUCAACGCUCUAGAGGCUGGGGUGUCCUAUUUUUCUGAGGUGCUCAGCUUCAAGGAUGUAUUGAGACGCAGUGAACAGUUCCAGGAAAUCCUAAUGGGCCGUAACAGGAAGAGCAAUGUGAUUGUUAUGUGUGGCACGCCAGAAACCUUCUACAAUGUGAAAGGUGACCUCAAAGUGGCUGACGACACUGUUGUCAUCCUGGUAGAUCUGUUCAGUAACCAUUACUUUGAGGAUGACACCAGAGCUCCUGAGUAUAUGGACAAUGUCCUCGUCCUGACACUGCCUCCUGAAAAGUUCAUCGCGAACGCCUCUGUCUCUGGGAGGUUUCCAUCGGAAAGAAGCGACUUUUCUCUCGCUUACUUGGAGGGGACCUUGCUGUUUGGACACAUGCUGCAGACGUUUCUUGAAAAUGGAGAAUCUGUCACCACGCCCAAGUUCGCUCGUGCGUUCAGGAAUCUCACUUUUCAAGGCUUAGAGGGGCCCGUGACUCUGGAUGACAGUGGGGACAUUGACAACAUUAUGUGUCUUCUGUAUGUGUCUCUGGAUACCAGGAAAUACAAGGUUCUUAUGGCGUAUGACACCCAUAAAAACCAAACGAUCCCUGUGGCUACGAGCCCCAACUUCAUCUGGAAGAACCACAGACUCCCUAAUGACGUUCCUGGGCUGGGCCCUCAAAUCCUGAUGAUUGCCGUCUUCACGCUCACGGGGAUUGUGGUCGUUCUGCUGCUGAUUGCCCUCCUUGUGCUCAGAAAAUACAGAAGAGAUCAUGAACUUCGACAGAAGAAAUGGUCCCACAUCCCUUCUGAAAAUAUCUUUCCUCUGGAGACCAACGAGACCAACCAUGUCAGCCUGAAGAUUGACGAUGACAGGAGGCGGGAUACAAUCCAGAGAGUGCGACAGUGCAAAUACGACAAGAAGAAAGUGAUCCUGAAAGACCUCAAGCACUGUGAUGGUAACUUCAGUGAGAAGCAGAAGAUAGAACUGAACAAGCUACUGCAGUCAGACUACUACAACCUGACCAAGUUCUACGGCACCGUGAAGCUAGACACCAGGAUCUUUGGGGUGGUCGAGUACUGCGAGAGGGGGUCCCUCCGGGAAGUGUUAAAUGACACGAUUUCCUACCCUGAUGGCACGUUCAUGGAUUGGGAGUUUAAGAUCUCUGUCUUAAAUGACAUUGCUAAGGGGAUGUCCUAUCUGCACUCCAGUAAGAUUGAAGUCCACGGGCGUCUGAAGUCCACCAACUGCGUGGUGGACAGUCGCAUGGUGGUGAAGAUCACUGAUUUUGGGUGCAAUUCCAUCCUGCCUCCAAAGAAAGACCUGUGGACUGCCCCCGAGCACCUGCGCCAAGCUACUAUCUCUCAGAAAGGAGACGUGUACAGCUUCAGCAUCAUUGCCCAGGAGAUCAUCCUCCGCAAGGAAACUUUCUACACGCUGAGCUGCCGGGAUCAGAAUGAGAAGAUUUUCAGAGUGGAAAAUUCCUAUGGGACGAAACCCUUCCGCCCAGAUCUCUUCCUGGAAACCGCAGAUGAGAAGGAGCUGGAGGUCUAUCUAUUGGUCAAAAGCUGUUGGGAGGAGGAUCCAGAAAAGAGACCAGAUUUCAAGAAAAUCGAGAGCACACUAGCCAAGAUAUUUGGCCUUUUUCAUGACCAAAAAAAUGAAUCUUACAUGGACACCUUGAUCCGACGUCUACAGCUGUAUUCUCGGAACCUGGAGCACCUGGUGGAGGAAAGGACUCAGCUGUACAAGGCCGAGAGGGACAGGGCUGACCACCUUAACUUUAUGCUGCUCCCACGGCUGGUGGUAAAGUCCCUGAAGGAGAAAGGCAUCGUGGAGCCAGAGCUGUACGAAGAAGUCACAAUCUAUUUCAGUGACAUUGUCGGUUUCACGACCAUCUGCAAGUACAGCACGCCCAUGGAGGUGGUGGACAUGCUGAAUGACAUCUACAAGAGUUUUGACCAGAUUGUGGAUCACCACGACGUCUACAAGGUAGAAACCAUCGGCGAUGCCUACGUGGUGGCCAGCGGCCUGCCUAUGAGAAACGGCAACCGGCAUGCAGUGGACAUUUCCAAGAUGGCCUUGGACAUCCUCAGCUUCAUGGGGACCUUUGAGCUGGAGCAUCUCCCCGGCCUCCCCGUGUGGAUUCGCAUUGGGGUUCAUUCUGGCCCCUGUGCUGCUGGUGUGGUGGGGAUCAAGAUGCCUCGUUAUUGCCUGUUUGGAGACACUGUCAACACUGCCUCCAGGAUGGAGUCCACCGGCCUUCCCUUAAGGAUUCACAUGAGCAGCUCCACCAUUGCCAUCCUGAGGAGAACGGAUUGCCAGUUCCUGUACGAAGUGAGGGGAGAAACGUACUUAAAGGGAAGAGGGACCGAGACCACAUACUGGCUGACUGGGAUGAAGGACCAAGAGUACAACCUGCCAACCCCACCAACAGUGGAGAACCAACAGCGUCUGCAAACUGAGUUCUCAGACAUGAUCGUUAGUGCCUUACAGAAAAGACAGGCCUCGGGCGUGAAGAGCCGGAGGCCCACUCGGGUGGCCAGCUACAAGAAAGGCUUUUUGGAAUACAUGCAGCUGAACAACUCAGACCACGAUAGCACCUAUUUUUAGACCACGUGCGGUCUAAGAACUGACAGUAGCAACCUCUGAUAUCCUGAAUCUGCAUUUUCCCAGAAACCUCAACAACACAGACAAGUGCUUAGCCCCAGUGCCCUGUCUGGAAUGUAGAACCAGCCCCCAAGUCAUGUGGGUGUUCUGGGUUGGGUUGGGUUGGGUUUGGUUGGUUGGUUUUGUUUCUAUUGAGACAGAGUCUCAUGUAUCCCAAACUGGCCUCAAACUCGCUGAGGAGCUAUGGAUGACCUUGGACUUCUAAGACCAUCCAUGUGUGUUCCUGGCUGUGUGAUGCCCUGUCCAGAGUCGUGUCCCACAGUUCUCCACGGAGCAUCAACGUCAGCCUGAAGGGAGGAAGGAGGAACGUACUAUACAGAACUUGGGGUUUCAUUCUAAUUUCAUUUCUGCUUUUUUUCAUUUUGUUUACUGGAUCCUUCCUUAUGUACACAUGAAUUUUUUUAAUUGUCUGGAUUAAGUAGCUUAUCUCCAAGAAAGUGUGUUUAACUAGUGAUUUUUGCAGAAACCAUGCUGGAUAUUAGGUAAAAAUAAAAGUGUUUAGAGUCUGG